AUGAACUACAACAGAUUGAAGGAAGUCAACACAUUCAAUACGACCGUGUUUGUCGAAUUUGAAACAAAAGAAGAGAUGGAGAAGUUUUUGGCUGCGAAAUUGAAGUUUGGAGAGAACGAAAUUGUCGCAAAGCCAAGAAGCGAGAAAUCGAAAAACAAGAGCAACAACAAAAAGAAACCGGAUCACAUAAACUUGAAACUUGUCAUCUCCGACAAGACCAUUAAUAAAGACUUCAAAAACGCAGUGAAAAACAAUCAAAUCCUGAGAGAUAAUGUCGUGAAGUACUUCGUCGAAAGAAGUGCAUCAGAGAGGAACUUGUGCACAGCAGUUCCAACCAAAACAGAAGAAAAGGUCGCAACUGAGAAAGUCGAGGAACAAAAACCAGUCGAAAUGGUCGAAGAAAAAGCCGACGAAAAGAAAGAGGAAAAAGCUGAGGAGAAAACUGAGAAGGUACAAACCACAAAAAAUGCAUUUUUGGCAUUGAAAAAGAACGAAGAUCUUGAAAAAGUCAAAGAAGCACUCGCUGGUUUGAAAUUCCAUGGAAUGGGAGUUGUCGUUCAAGAAUGCACUGAGGAGGACAGUAAUAAAAUCGCCACAUUCUCAAUCCCAACGAAGUCGAAGUCAAGAACUUUCAAAAGAAAGCCAAGAAACGACUGA